AUGCUAGCCCCAGUCGAUAACAUUCUGCGUAUAAUAAAUUUUAUAUUUCUGGUCAUUUCCAUUGCUCUGAUCAGUUCAUUGUUGAACACCGAGAGUGGCAAUAGUUCAAGAAUAAACUAUUGUAUGUUUGCCGUUGCAUAUGCUAUAGUCACCGAUUCAUUGUACGGUGUCUUUGCCAAUUUCUUUGAACCAUUGGCAUGGCCGCUAAUUUUGUUUUCACUUGACUUUUUGAAUUUCGUUUUCACGUUUACCGCCGGUACCGUGUUAGCCGUCGGUAUCAGAGCUCACUCCUGUAGAAACCAGUCGUACCUAUUAAGCAACAGUAUCACUCAAGGUUCUGCUAACAGAUGUAGAGAGUCUCAAGCCGCUGUUGCAUUCCUUUACUUCUCGUGUGCCAUCUUCUUGGCCAAGACCCUCAUGUCUGUUUUCAACAUGAUCUCCAACGGUGCCUUCGGCUCUGGUUCUUUCUCCAAGAGAAGAAGAACUGGCCAAGUCGGUGUCCCAACCAUUUCCCAAGUUUAA